AUGACGACGCGUCAGUGUGUGACGCUUCGGUGCAUGAUCUCCCGCGCGCUCGGGCGUUCGCACGCGUCGACGAGCGCGACUGGACGAUUCGAGGGGUUCGCCCGGACGCUGCGCUCGAGCAUCGGCGCGAACGGCGGACGCAACGCGAGAGAAGAGGCGAAAGAUGACGCGAAAUCACAAACGAAGACGAUUCGCGUUCCCGUCGUCGUUCUCGGCGCCGGACCGACGGGCCUAGCGCUCGUCGCGCUGCUGAAGAAGUUUAACGUCAACGCGGUCGCCCUCGAGCGCGGUUCGGCGCGUACGAAACACCCGAGGGCGCAUUACGUGAACACGCGCACGAUGGAGGUGUUUCGCGGGCUGAGCGGGACUAUGGCGGACGCGAUCGCGACGCGGUCGCCGCCGCUGGAUGAAUGGCGACACUUUCGAUACGUGACGAACAUCGUGCGUGGGAUCGAGCUCGGGGUGGUCGAUCAGUUCGACGGGGCGAAGAGCGCGAGGAGCUCGACGUCGCCGACGGCGGCGACGCACUUUUCGCAGCACAAGUUAACGGCGGCGUUGUUCGAGUUGGCGAACGUCUCGGAGGGCAGAGAUGGGUCGGGGGUGAUCGAGGGCGUCAGGGCAAAUGCGGUGGUGGAGGACGAACGGGGAGUUUCGGUGCGUGCGGUGGACAUCGCGAGCGGAGAGGGAUUGGACGUCGAGGCAGAGUACUGCGUCGUCGCGGAUGGGGCGAACAGCGAGACGCGCGAGCGACUCGGGCUCGCUAUGCGCGGCGAUCGCGCGCUUCAACAUCUUAUUAACGUACACUUCAAGUCCAAGGCGCUGGCGGAGGAUGUACGCGAGAAUCCUGCGAUGCUGUACUUUGUUUUCAGUCCGGACGUCAUCGCCGUCAUCGUGGCGCACGAUUUGCACGAGGGGGAGUUCGUGGCGCAGAUCCCGUUUCUACCUCCGGUUCAAGACGCGCGAGAUUUUACAUCGACGGUGUGCGAGCGAUUGGUGCGCUCGGCGAUAGGAUGGAAGAGCGACGAUGGGAAAAAUUUGGAGAUUCUUGACGUUCGACCGUGGACUAUGUCCGCAGAGGUGAGCGAGACCUUUGGAUCGGGUGAUAGGAUUUUUCUCGCGGGCGACGCCGCGCACAGAUUUCCUCCCUCAGGGGGCUUUGGUAUGAACACCGGCAUCCAGGACGCGCAUAAUUUGGCGUGGAAACUCGCUGCGGUAACUCGAGGCCUUUCUUCGCCGAAACUGCUCAAGACGUACGAAGCGGAACGCAAACCGGUGGCGAUGAGGAACACGGUGCUGAGCGUCGAGAAUUUCAAGGGCGUAUUGAAGAUCCCCAACGCCCUAGGUUUGCCUUCGUUCGCCGCCGACGCGCUGAGAGACGCUGUGUCGAGCUUACCGUCCGUCAUUCCGGGAUCGAUACGCAAGAGUAUUCUCGAUGCUGGACUCGCGUUUGGACGAGCGCAGUGCGGAACACUUCUCACUGCGGAUAAUCCAAUCGGAUCUGCACGUCGUGCGGCCGUUCGGCGGAUGUGUGAAGAUCCGGGUGGAACUCUGAGGCUUCAGUUUCCUAAAGAAGACGUCGGGUUCUCUUACGAGCCCGCUGACGAGAAGGGGCUGGCUCGCUUGUACACUCCCGGAACGCUUCGAGUCGGCGUUCGAGUGCCGCACGCUUGGAUGCAGACCACUCGCGGUGUUAUGUCAACUCUGGACCUUGUCGAUGAGAAUAUGACUGAACCGCGUUUCACCGUCUUCGCGCGUGGAUUUGGCGGCAGUGCAGACGAUCUAGAUGGACUCGUUUCUUCCGCGUGCAAUUUUCUCGCCCAAGUCGUGCACGUCGUCGACACGCCCACAGAGUUGCCGUCCGAAGCGUUCGAUGCGCACGGUGUUUGGUACUCGAAGACCCAGAGCGUGGGUCAACAAUCAUUAGUAUUAGUGCGACCUGAUGGGCACGUAGCGUCCAUCGAGAUCGAUCCUCAGAAGAUGAUUGCGGCGCUGCGCUCAGCGGCUUUCGCUUCUUAG